AUGCCUCGGGCUGCUGUUCUCCACAAGAAGGGCCUCACCAUUCAAAACCGGGAAGCAAAGAUUCAACAGGCUGUCGAUGGCAUCAAGAACGGCACCUAUGCUACACCCAAGAUUGCUGCUUGCGCGCUCGGUAUUGGCUCUCAGUACACCACGAUCUGGCGACGGCUCAACAAUAAGACACGACCGCAAUGCGAGGCCCAUCAAGCCAAGCAACUUCUCAACCAUGCACAGGAGCGCACUCUUGUAGCAUGGACGAAGUGGCUGGGAUUCACUGGUCAGCCGGUGACGAGAGAGACGAUCUCUCCGAAGGUCAAGGCUCUGUGUGGAAAGGACCCGAAUCCCAAGUGGAUUGAACGGUUCCUAAUGCGGAAUCCCGACUGCACUAUGGGGCGACCGGCUGGUUUGGAUCCGAAGCGGGCUAGUGCGUUUAACUAUACUACUGUCAACCACCACUUUGAAGAGCUCCAGAAGACUAUCGACCUCUACGACAUUCCUCCAUGCAACAUGUUUAACUUUGACGAGAUUGGGAUCCAGCUUGGUGGGGGUCGGAAGGGAUCGCGUGAGCAGUUCUUCUUUGCCUCAGAGGACCAGAGCCACUACAAACUGAAGAGCGAUGACCUGGAGCUUGUGACUGUUCUCGAAACUGUCUGCGCUGAUGGCUCAUCUACUGUGAAGCCUGGUUUUGUCUUCGCGGGUGUCAAGAUGUGUGAAGAGUGGAUUUCUGAGGAGGACGGGAUUUUCCUUGCUACCACCGAUAAUGGCUGGACAGAUGACCACGUGUCCCAGGAGUGGUUCCAGAGAGCAUUUAUCCCUGCCGCCAAAGCUCAUAGUGAUUCUUCGAAGCCAGUGCUUCUGAUGUUUGAUGGUCAUGGAUCUCAUGUUACAUAUGAGAUGAUUACUAUUGCAGAGAAGGAGAACAUUGUUCUUUAUUGUCUGCCAUCUCAUACGACUCAUCGACUUCAGCCCUGUGAUGUGGGGGCAUUUGGACCACUGAAGAGAGCAUGA